AGGAAAUGCAAGCAGCCAAAGAUCGUUUCCAGUCAACUGGAUAAGGACAGGAAGGGACACAUUACCGUUAAUGACCUCAGGCGUCACUUCAGGGAACACAAUCAGAAGAUUGAUGAGCGAGUACUGCACGAGUUAUUGAACGAAGUCGAUUUGAACAAGAAUGGUGAAAUUGAAAUCGCCGAGUUCUUCCAGGGUCGGACCAGAUCACGCCAAUCGUUUGUGGCCUGUACUGACGAAAUUCAUGAACCACCAGGA